GAACCUCGUUCUUUCUCUCAGGAACGUGGACGAUGGAGACGGAGACGUUCCCGUUCGCUCGGUUUCACUUCCUGUCUGACCCUGCUUCCCUGGAACAUCAGGACCAGCGUGGAACAGAGCCAGAACCGCAUGAAGGAGCAGCCUGAAGCGUGAAGCGGACCGAGCCGCCGGCUCUGGAUCAGGAUCAACAGAACCCGAACCAGCAGACGGGAAGGCCAAGAAAACAUCCUGCAGGAGAGGAAGUGAGAACAGCGCCCAGCGCUCUCACUUCCUGUUCUCACCAUGAACUUUUCACUCCUCAGUUUCCCAACAGGGAGGAGGAAGAGGAGGAGGAUGAAGAGGAAGACUGUCUGUCUGAGAGCAGCUUCUGUUGCCGCUGGAUUUAAACAGACAUCGGUGAAGUGAGAUGAGUUUUUCCAGCUGAACGUCUCGUGACAGUAACGGAUCCUGGCUGCUCAGGAACAGUCCGGAUCGCUGCUUCCGGCGUCGCUCGUCGUUCUGGGUUUGGUUCCCGCGGAGGAAGCUGCAGGUUCAUGGUUUUUCUUUCACACCUGAGUCUCUCUCAGCUGAGCUUCAUCCUGGGCGGGGCUCCAGGCCCGCGGCCUCGUGCCAACACUUCACACGGGGAAGUUAUUGUGAGCAGCAGCUCGUGCGUGAGCACUGCGCGCCGCGGACGCUCCAGCUGUGCGCCCCGCGGACCCUGUGCCACUGCGCACUGCGCACGGCGGACCCUCCACCCUCCCGGUGCUCCCUGGCCGCCUCGCGGCGGGAGGGAUGAGCCGACCCGGCGCUCGGGCCGGAUCCUCUCCGGAGGACCGUCUGCGCAGAGCGUGCCCGUGCCUGGGCGCGCUCUGGGACCGGAUCUUCCAGGAGAAGAGCGACCCCCCCGCUCCGCCCGGCCCCGUCUACACCGCGAUGUGGUCGUUCGAGGCGGGCCACCCGGACGAGCUGUCCUUCCGGAGGGGAGACCUCUUCCUCGUGCUCAACAGCAGCGGGGACUGGUGGGACGCGCACAAGAUCGAGCGCAACGGGCGCGUGCUGGCCGCCGGCAUCGUGCCCAGCAACUACCUGACCCAGGCGGACUCCCUGAGCGAGCAGCCGUGGUACUUCGGGACGAUGAACCGGUUCGACGCUCAGGGUCACCUGAUGGGCCCCGAGAACCAGGACGGGUCCUUCCUGGUCCGGCACAGCGAGCGGGACGGCGUGGGAUACGUUCUGUCAGUCCGGUCGUCCAAUCGGGUGAAGCAUUACAAGAUCGUCCAGUCCAAUGAGAGCAGCUUCCACAUCGCGGCCAGCCUGCCGUUCCCCACCCUGCAGGCUCUGGUGGAACACUACCAGAGCGCCGUCCUGCAGAACGCCGGCCGGCUGGGGAGCGCCUGCAAGAGGCGGCAGCCCGGCCGGUCGGACCUGAGCCACUCCACCGUGGACCACUGGACCCUCCCGAAGGGGGAGUUCUCCCUCGGGGAGCAGCUGGGUUCCGGGUACUUCGCCGACGUUUACCGCGGACGCUGGAAGAACCUGAUCAACGUGGCCGUCAAGAUCCUGAAGAGCGACUCGGACGUGGACUUCCGGGAGUUCCACCGAGAGGUCAACAUGCUGAAGACGCUGCACCACCGCUACCUCAUCUCGCUGUUCGCCAUCUGCACCGAGUCGACGCCGUACUACAUCAUCACCGAGCUGAUGGAGAAAGGCAGCCUGCUGAGCUUCCUGCGAGGACCGGAGGGCCGGCUGCAGGACGUCCCGGCGCUGGUGGACAUGAGCGUGCAGGUGUCGGAGGCCAUGGCGUACCUGGAGGAGCGGCGCAGCAUCCACCGGGACCUGGCGGCGCGGAACGUCCUGGUGGGGGCCGACUACAUCUGCAAGGUGGCCGACUUCGGCCUGGCCAGGAUCAUCAAGGAACCCGUCUACGUCACCACGGAGAAGAAGAUCCCGUACAAGUGGAGCGCCCCCGAGGCCCUGAGCCACGGAACGUUCUCCAGCAAGUCCGACGUCUGGUCCUUCGGGAUCCUGCUCUACGAGGUUUUCACCUACGGAGGCGUUCCUUACCCAGGUCUGGAUAACCAGGAAGUGUUCGAGCAGGUGAAGACCGGGUACCGGAUGCCGAAGCCGACCGACUGCCCGGACUUCAUCUACCACCUCAUGACGGAGUGCUGGCAGCAGGAACCGGAGGACCGGCCCGACUUCAGGACGCUGCAGCGGCGGCUCAACAGCAGCACGUACGAGUUCAAAUGAAGCCCCGCCCCCAAAGCCCUCCACUCCAGCAGGCCCCACCCCCCAGCCCUCCACCCCCCCUCCCCCCGUCACUGGCCUCUGUUCAGCUUCAUGCGAACUCAAACUGACACUCAUUUCCACCACCAUCUUUAAACCCGUCGGUCUGACUGUUUUGUCGUUUCUCCUGGCUGUUCUGUUUUUGUCCGUCCAGCGAUGCUCUUUGCUCUUCAGUGUAAAGUUUGAGAGUUUUAAUGAUCAGAACUCUGCACUGCAGUUUUAUCUUUAUCUUCACUCUUCAGAUUCUGCAGAAUUUCUCCAAUGAAAAUAUCAAAUCUUCAGCUGGAUAUUUGAAGUGGGCGGUGGGGGUCAAAGGUCGAGGGUUGAGGGUCUCGCUCAGCGCCCCCCCCCCCCCAGAACCCGGUUCAGGUUUUUGGACUGUCCAGGAUGAUGUAAUCCUGUUCCUGAGCUGU